GAGGCAAAAGGGAGGGAAAACUAUAAAUCAAUACUUAGUUUUCCUGAGCUGAGCAGUGGAUCACACCUCGCCGUUCCUCUUAAGCUGAUAUUUAGCUCCAACAUGAGAGCUGUUGCGCUGCUGUGCCUGCUGUGUGUCUCUGCUGAUGGCCAGUAUAACUGGGAUGGACCUGGCCGGGUUGGUCCGGAUUCCAGCAAUGCCUGCACCGUGGACCAGGCGUCCUGUGGAUGCUGCCUCAUGCUGCAAGAGAUGAACAGACUGAAGACGUACUUUGACACAACUCUGACAGACAUCGAGGAGGAUUUCAGAAAGACGAACCAAAGUCUGAGCACUCUUAAAGCUAAACGCGUGGCCUUCACUGCUGCUUUGUACAGCGGCGAUAAUUUCAAAUGUUACGGGCCUUUUACCACCAACAGCGUCAUCAUCUAUAAACAAAUGUUCCUUAACCUGGGUGGGGCCUACAGCACAGACACCGGUCUCCUGACCGUCCCCUUCUCCGGCGUCUACAGCCUGGCUGUCACCUCCUACAGCGACUCCGGCUCUCCCGGCUUCACGCUCGCGAUAUGCUCCAGUCUGCAGGUCAACGGCAAAACAGUGGCAGCAGCCAAAGACUUCAACACUAACGACAAGGAGGACAGCGCCACUAUAGCCGUCGCCCUGCAGCUGACGGCGGGAGACAAGGUGUCUGUCAGCCUGACCAGAGGCUGCUUCCUGUGUGAUGACAGCAGCCACUACAACACCUUCAGCGCCUUCCUGCUCUAUGCCACUGAAUGAGGGACUGAGUUAGUCUGCUGGACGAAAACCUGCCCCAUCAUGUUCGUUAUCUGCCCUGGCUCAACCCAGAGAGUCAGUCAUGUUUUAUAACUUCCCCUUCCUCCUGCUGUUAUCAUGGCAUCUAAACCUGAAAACGUCUUUAAUAUAAGAUUUAAAAUCAACAAUUUUAGCAAAACAAUUCAUGUUUUAAAGCCAAUAAGCUAUGUGACAUCUAUGCUGUUGACCACAAUAAAGCCAUAAAACGCGACUUUA